ACGCUGAAAUACGAAAGCCCCCGCAGCGAGGCAUGUUUAAAUAACUCGAAUCGUUCGCUUUGAGUUGCUGGGGGCGGGUUGUUUUUAGGGUUUAUAACACUCGGAAGAUCCGUAGGACGGCAACACCAGCAUUAGCUGUCAGCUAUGGUUCUCAAGACUGAACUGUGCCGUUUCAGCGGUGCCAAGAUAUACCCUGGUAAGGGUAUCAGAUUCAUUCGCUCUGAUUCUCAGGUCUUCCUCUUUGCUAAUUCAAAAUGCAAGAGGUAUUUUCAUAACCGCUUGAAGCCUUCCAAGCUUACCUGGACAGCAAUGUACAGAAAACAGCAUAAGAAGGACAUUGCGGCUGAAGCUGUGAAGAAGAAGCGCCGUGCCACCAAGAAGCCUUAUUCAAGGUCCAUAGUUGGUGCCACAUUGGAAGUUAUACAAAAGAAAAGAUCCGAGAAGCCAGAGGUCAGAGAUGCAGCUCGUGAAGCCGCACUCCGUGAAAUUAAGGAGAGGAUAAAAAAAACCAAGGAUGAGAAGAAGGCUAAGAAAGCAGAGUUGGCCAAGGCACAGAAGUCUCAGACCAAGGGUAACGUGACAAAGGUUGCAGCCCCAAAGGGCCCUAAGCUUGGAGGUGGUGGUGGGAAGCGGUGAUUUUCAUUCUAACAUCAUGUCCCUAUACUCUUCUUGCUGUUGUUUAAUCUAUUCACAUUUUUUCCUUAUAUCAUCUAUGGAUUAAUUAACCUUGAAGGCAAAUCACUUUAAUUUUUUGGA